AGUUAUAUUUAAUAGCUGAAAGUGAAAAGAUUUGCAUAUUUAAAUUAGCAAAGAAUAUAUUGUGAAAUAUUAAAGAAUAAAAUUAAUUAAGAUAGUUCGAAAAAAUGAUACUCAAGAGUAAUCUUCAGCUGAUCUCAUUCCUUCUUAUCAUAUUUUCAUUCCACAAUGUCAAUUCUGUUGACAUUCAAUGUGAAUUUAAGAAUGAUGAUUUUGACUCAAUAAAUAAUCAGUAUACAUGCGCUGUUCAAGUUAAUUUAAUGAUAACGGUUAAAAAUACAAAAAUUCAGUCAGUCCGGGGAUCCCAUAAUGCUGGUAAAAGUAAUAAUGACGUCACUGGAUUGUCAAUUCGUGAUAAAAAGAUGCAGUACAUGCCAUCAAAUUUAGCAGAUAAAUUUAAGAAUUUAAUUGCAAUGAGGAUUAGACAAGGAAAAUUAAAGGAAAUAAGCCAAAGUGAUUUUAAGACAUUCCCAAAAUUGCGGUACCUUAAUCUCGAUGCCAAUGAUUUGGAAGUGCUUGAUGAUGAUUUAUUUGAUUUUAAUCCAUUAUUGGAAGUAAUUUGGUUUGAAGGAAAUAAGAUUAAGGCAAUUGGUCAGUCAACAUUUGGGAACUUAAAGAAUUUAAGGGAUUUGGAUAUGAAUGGCAAUACUUGCUACUCAAAAAGAAUGUCAAGUAGAUACGACAUGUCAUCAAAUGUGGCAAUUAUGAAACAAAAGUGCUACAAUCCAGAUGUAGAGUUGACUAAGCUAAAGAUCAAGUAUCGAGAAAUUAAUAAAAACAAUUCAAAGUUGAUCCUUGAUGUUGAUGAGUUAAAUAGUCAAAUAAAUGUAAAAGAUACGGAAAUUGAAAUAUUGACUACCUCCGUUCGCAAUUUAACUGAUAAAACAGCUACUAAUGUAAAGGAAUUGCAUAUCAAAAUUGACCAACUUAAUGUACAGAUUGCAGAUAAACAAACCAAGUCAAAUUUAUUGUCAGCACAACUACAACAAUCAAACUUAAAGAACCACGAAGUAGUUGAACAAAUGUCAAAGUUAGAGGAAAAAUACAAAACUGUCUUGAACCAAUCUGCUCAAAAUCAGAACACAUUUCAAGAUAAAGUCGAUGAACUCCAAGAAAAACUGAAUGAAAAGGAAAUAAAAUUCCUGGAUUUAAAUGAAAAAUUCAAUAAUUAUCAACAUUUGAAUAACAAAACUCAACAAACAAUCAAUAAACUUCAAGAUCAACUAUUAAAUUACAAGAACAUUGAAAAUAAAUUGCGUCAAAAUGCCACAAAACUUGAAAUUCAGCUUGACAUCAGUCAAAUUGACAACAACAACUUAACAGACAUCAUUGCCAAUAAUUCAUUAAUAAUCUUAACCUACGAACAGGAAAUUAAUCAACUAAAGCUUCAAAUCAAUGAAACUGAAACUAAAUUUGCUGAUACUGACUCAGAACGAGUCAAGCUGUCUACAAAUCUUAAAGACAUUACAAUAGCAAAGCAACAAUUGGAAAAUGAUUUAAAAAGUCUCAGAGAAAAUCUCAAAAAAUCAGAAGAGGAACUUAGAAAUCUUGAAAUUCUCAACGAUGAAUUAAGCAGUGACUUGAUAAAUCAGACACAAAUUGCUGAAGCUAUAGUGCAUCAAGGAGAUCAUCCACAAUCAAAUAAAGGAACUUGGAUCAUAAUUGGAACUGCGCUGAUGAUUCUUUUGACUGUUGUUAAUGUUUUUGUGGCAAUGAAAUAUUAUCGUAAGAAGACAAUUGUUUUGAGACAAAUUGAGGCUGAUGACUCUUAUUGUGGUGAUAUGUGAUUAUUUUUUGAAUUAUUUAUUUUUGUAGCCUUAAUUUUUUGUAAUAUUAUUGAACUAAUAAUUCGUAGAUUGGUGAAGAUUUCAUGAUGAAUAUUUAAAUAAAGGUCUUUUCAUUGCCACAAUAUUUUUGAACUGGAAAUUAAUGAGUAAAUAAUCUCAUCUUAAUUAAUUAGAAGCUCUUUUUAUGAUUAAAGACGAGAAGCUAUUA